GCGGGCGGCGCGGGAGGGCGGGCGGAGGGAACCAGGCCGGCCGGAGCGUGUGCGCCGCCCGCGGUCCGGUCACGUCCCCGCGUGGGCGCCGCCGCCCGCGUCGUACGGAACGAGGGCGCCGCGGCCCCGCGCUCGCCGCCCCGCCCCGCCCCGCCCUGCCCGGAGCAGCUCGGCAGAUGCUCUGUGCCGCGGCCCGGAGGUGAAGGGCUGGAUGCACAGUGGGAGCCGGAGGCGGGGGGCUGCAGGGAGCACACCAGCGACCGGCCCUCCAACCCUCCAGCCACUCAGCAACAUCGCCACAGCAACCAGCAACCAGAGGGCAGCAGCCGAGGCAGACACAAGCGGACGGCUUCCCACCGUCGCCGAGGACAGGGAAUGACUACGGCAAAUCAGGCCACUUUGCCAACUAGGGAGCUGGAGUGUCACUAGUGGGGAGGGGCGGCCGCCUCCCGCUGCACGGAGCGCCAUGCCAGCUGGAGAAGAGGCGCUGGGGCAGGGGCUACAGUGUGGCUUGGCCUCACCCCCUUGCUGGCACUGAGUGCCUCCAGGGCAGCUGGGCUCUUGUCUGCCUGGUCUCAGCGUCCCCUGUGGCAAGAGGGAGAGGUGCCCCAUCCCGUGCUCCUUGUCUGGUCCCUUUGCUGCCAGACCAUGGGAUGUCGGCAAAGCUCAGAGGAAAAAGAAGCAGCCCGGCGGUCCCGGAGAAUUGACCGCCACCUGCGCUCAGAGAGCCAGCGGCAGCGCCGCGAGAUCAAGCUGCUCUUGCUGGGCACCAGCAACUCAGGCAAGAGCACCAUCGUCAAACAGAUGAAGAUCAUCCACAGCGGCGGCUUCAACCUGGAGGCCUGCAAGGAGUACAAGCCCCUCAUCAUCUACAACGCCAUCGACUCGCUGACCCGCAUCAUCCGGGCCCUGGCUGCCCUCAGGAUCGACUUCCACAACCCUGACCGCGCCUACGACGCUGUGCAGCUCUUCGCACUGACGGGCCCCGCUGAGAGCAAGGGCGAGAUCACACCCGAGCUGCUGGGUGUCAUGCGACGGCUCUGGGCCGACCCAGGGGCACAGGCCUGCUUCAGCCGCUCCAGCGAGUACCACCUGGAGGACAACGCAGCCUACUACCUGAACGACCUGGAGCGCAUCGCCGCAGCUGACUAUAUCCCCACUGUCGAGGACAUCCUGCGCUCCCGGGACAUGACCACGGGCAUUGUGGAGAACAAGUUCACCUUCAAGGAGCUCACCUUCAAGAUGGUGGAUGUGGGGGGGCAGAGGUCAGAGCGCAAAAAGUGGAUCCACUGCUUCGAGGGCGUCACGGCCAUCAUCUUCUGUGUGGAGCUCAGCGGCUACGACCUGAAACUCUACGAGGAUAACCAGACAAAAGGCCAGCACCCCCCAUCCCCAGACCUGAGGCUGCUCACUCUUCAGGACUCCUGUUACUCCGAAGCUCAUUCUAAAGAAAGAGCAAGAUUGGUUUGGAAAAACAGUCUUCCAGGUGGAGUGCAGGGUUCCAGGGUAAUGACAGAGUCGGAUGGCAGAGAGCUUGCGCCUCUUUGACUCCAUCUGCAACAACAACUGGUUCAUCAACACCUCACUCAUCCUCUUCCUGAACAAGAAGGACCUGCUGGCAGAGAAGAUCCGCCGCAUCCCGCUCACCAUCUGCUUCCCCGAGUACAAGGGCCAGAACACGUACGAGGAGGCCGCUGUCUACAUCCAGCGGCAGUUCGAAGACCUGAACCGCAACAAGGAGACCAAGGAGAUCUACUCCCACUUCACCUGCGCCACUGACACCAGUAACAUCCAGUUUGUCUUCGACGCGGUGACAGACGUCAUCAUACAGAACAAUCUCAAGUACAUUGGCCUUUGCUGAGGAGCCGGGCCCGGGCCCGCCUGCCUAUGGUGAAACCCACGGGGUGCCAUGCCCCAACGCGUGCUAGAGAGGCCCAAUCCAGGGGCAGAAAACAGGGGGCCUAAAGAAUGUCCCCCACCCCUUGGCCUCUGCCUCCUUGGCCCCACAUUUCUGCAAACAUAAAUAUUUAUGGAUAGAUUGCUAGGUAGGUAGACACACACACAUGCACACACACACAUCUGGAGAUGGCAAAAUCCUCUAAAAUGUCGAGGUCUCUUGAAGACUUGAGAAGCUGUCACAAGGUCACUACAAGCCCAUCCUGCCCCUUCACUUUGCCUUCCUGAGUUGGCCCCACUCCACUUGGGGGGUCUGCAUUGGAUUGUUAGGGAUAGGCAGCAGGGCUGAGGCGAGGUAGGCCAACUGCAUCCCUGUUGCCUGGAGGAGGGCCAGCUCACUGCCCGAGCUCUGGCCUAGGGACCUUGCCGCUGACCAAGAGGGAGGACCAGUGCAGGGUCUGUGCACCUUCCCUGCUGGCCUGCACACAGCUGCUCAGCACCACUUUCAUUCUGGACCCGGGACCUUAGGAGCCGGGUGACAGCACUAACCAGACCUCCAGCCACUCACAGCUCUUUUUAAAAAACAGCUUCCAAAUAUGCAGCAAAAACCAAUACAACAAAACGAGUGGCACGAUUUAUUUCAAACUAGGCCAGCUGGGAUUCCAGCUUUUCUUCUACUAGUCUGAUGUUUUAUAAAUCAAAACCCGGUUUUCCUUCUCUGACAUUCUUUUUUGUUUUUUGUUUUUGGCCAAAUCUCGUGGUGUUUCGCAGAAAAAAAAUCCAGAAAAUUUCAAAUGCAGUUGAGUAUUCUUUUUUAAAUGCAGAUUUUCAGAACAUAUUUUUUUUCAGGUGGUCUUUUUCGUGUCUGGCUUGCUGAGUGUAAAAGUUGUUAUCUGGACGACUCUGUCUCUCUGCUCCAAAGAAAUUCCGGAGUGAGUGGCGGUCCUGCGCCAGCCUCGCGGGACACGUGUUGUACAUAAGCCUCUGCAGUGUCCUCUUGUUAAUGGUGGGGUUUUCUGCUUUGUUUUUAUUUAAGAAAAUAAACACGACAUAUUUAAAGAAGGUUCUUUCACCUGGGAGCAAAUGAACAAUAGCUAAGUGUCUUGGUAUUUAAAGAGUAAAUUAUUUGUGGCUUUGCUGAGUGAAGGAAGGGGAGCAAGGGGUGGCGUCCCUGGUCCCGGCAUGCCGCGCGCCUGAGACUGGCUGGAAAUGCUCUGACUCCUGUGAAGGCACAGCCAGCGUUGUGGCCUGAGGGAGGCCCUGCUGGGACCCUGAUCUGGGCCUUCCUGUCCCAGGGCCUAUGGGCAACUGCGUUGAAAGGACGUUCGCCAAGGGCCGUGUGUAAAUACGAACUGCGCCAUGGAGAGGAGAGGCGCUGCCAGAGCCCUUGCCAGAUCUCCCUCCCUCUCUCCGUGCAGUAGCUGUGUGUCCGAGGUCAGUGUGCAGAAUCACAGCCAAGGACGUGAAGAGAUGUACGGGGGAAGGAGAAGCUGGUGAUUGGAUGAAAGUCAAAGGUUGUCUACUUUAAGAAAAUAAAAUACCCUGAAUGGAGCCCA